AUGUCGCACAGCAAAAGGAACACUUCUCGGCCCGUCUUCACCGCGCAUGAGCGGGCGAUGGCCAAAUCGGCCUGGAGCUCCUCAUCCGCCCGCUUGAACAGGGACUCGUUCCUCCCAUUCGGCUCAUGCUCGCUAUGCCUCGAGUCCGCCGUCGACCCCGUGGCCUGUUCCGACGGUGACAUAUUCUGCCGCGAAUGCGCGCUGAACAACAUUCUCGCACAGAAAAAGGAGAUCAAGAGACUGGAGAAGGCUCGGGAACUCGAGGACAGAGAGGCUGCGGAGUCAAAGGCACGGCAGGACGAGGAGGCGCAAGCAAGAGCCGUCAAGGAGUUUGAACUGACCCAAGCCGGGUUCGACGUCGCUGGAAGCAAGGCCGGAAGUGGCUCAGAAGCCGGCUCGUCCAGAGAGACGAAGAGCGGAGAGAAGCGCAAGUUCUCGCUAGACGAGGACGAAGUGCUGCGCAACGCCGAGAAUGACCGGGCGAAGGCGCGGAAAGCCAUCGAGGAUGAAAAGAGCGCCAAACCGUCACUCCCAUCGUUCUGGGUCCCUUCAGUAACACCGACUUCAAAUUCAAAAGAUAAGCUACAUGAAGUCAAGAAGAAGGCGAAGACAACACCCACAUGCCCGUCGUCUCAGGAGAAGAGUCCCCACCCCUACUCUCUGCACACGCUCGUGACAAUCAAUUUCACUGAGGAAGAGUCCAAAGAGUCCAAGACCAAGACAAGGAUCUGCCCGUCGUGCAAGAAGGGGCUCACGAACUCGUCGAAAGCGAUGCUCGCCAAGCCAUGUGGACAUGUGCUUUGCAAGGCAUGCGCGAAUCAGUUUAUGAAGCCGUCAGGCCAUGAUCCGCAUGCUGACCCGGCAGAUGCGAAGCAUGCAAAUGCGGUCAGGUGUUAUGUUUGUGAUGAAGAUGUCACGGAAAAGCCGGCCAAGAAGGGGGGUGACAAGAAGGAGAAGGACAGAAUACGGCCGGGAGUGGUUGAGCUCAAGAGUGACGGAACCGGGUUCUCGGCUGGUGGCACGAAUGAGGUCAAGAGGAGCGGAAAUGCCUUUCAAUGUUAA